AUGUCAACAGCAAAUACAUCUUGGAAAAGGUUCACAGGUCUAAAUCCUGUUGAUAUUGAUCAAUAUGACGAAGAACAUGUUGAUGAAUUGUGUAACCAAUUUUCACAAAUCAAUCCAGAAGAUAUCAAUAAUAUUAAUGAAUUAAGACAUGGUUUUCGUUUAGGACAAAAAUUUAUUUCUCUUUUCAAAAGUCUAAAAGAAAAUGCUUAUCGAUCGUUGAUUGAAAUUAUCGAUCAAAAUAAGAGAUUGGACACGUUACAGGGUGGUUCCACUGCAGAUCAGCAGUUUAAUACUAAUGAAAUUAACCGACUACGUGAUGAGCUGGAUAUGCAUCGAACAAAACAUGAUAGUGUUCUUCACGACUGUGAACAACUUCGUAGUGAUUUAGGUGCAAGAGACCAACUUAUUCAAGAAUUAAAAAAUGAGAGAAUGACUGUUCAAAAAUUAAACGAAGAUUUGUCCAAACGUAAUAAAGAACUUAGAAAUCAGUUGACAAGACCUGAGGAAAAACAGAAGAUAGGAAAAUUACAGGAAUAUGAAAAAGAAUUAGACGAUCUAUUAACAGAGAAUUUGCAAAUACACGAUGAUAAUGAAAAAUUAAAAGUUAAAUUAACUGAUUUAAAUCGUGAAUUGGCUGAGGCAACAAAAUAUAUCAAUAGUUUGUCAGAUGAACAUACAAAAUCUAAGCUUCUAUUAAAUAAAAAAGAUCAAGAGAAUUUAGAUUUAAUAAAUGAAGUGAAUUUACUCAAAUCACAAGUACAAGAUGAUCGUAGUGACGAUGAUGAUAUCGUAAUGAGAGCUGUUGAGGAUAAAGUUAAACAAUGGACAGAAGCAUUUAAAGUAAAAGAUGAAGAAAUUGCUCAUCUACAACGUGUAAAUCUUGAACAAUACAAUAAAUUACAGUUACUAUCUCGAAGUGGUGAAGAAAUUGACAUUGGAAAUCUGAAUAAGUCUUUAAUAGAAAAAGAUAAACAAAUUUUGAUAUUGAAAAAAAAUCUUGAAGAAGCAAUGAUGAAUUUAGAGAAACAAACACAAGUUAUGGAAAAACUACAACAUGGAUUAAUGACUUCUAACGAUCCGAAAGCCAUACGUAGUCAACAAUAUGAUAAUGAACGAUUAAAAAAACAAAUUCGAGAUUAUGAAAGAGCAUUAACUGAGAAAGAUCGUCAAUUGCAUGAUACAUCAAAGCGUUUACAAGAAGUUUAUGAUAAAUAUGAAUUACGCGAUGCUGUACAAGAAAUAAAACAAUUAAAAGAACAAAUAAAAUUAAAAGACAGACAAAUGGAAGAAUUGUCACAGAUUGCAUCAAAAAAUGAAUUGAUUAUGCAUGAAGUGAGCGAUGAAAAUGAAGAAUUGAGAGCAAAAUUGGGAAUGGAUCCUAGAAAACCAUUAAAUUUGGAACAAAUGAAUGUAGCUAGAUUAACAAGAGCAGAACAAAAUCAAGCUGUUAUUCAAAUAUUACAGACGGAGAUUGAACGUUUAGAAGAAGAACGUUUGAAACUAAAACAAAAUUGUCGUCAAUUAGCUAAACAGGCUGGUAUACGUACUGCUGAAUUAGGCAUGAAAGAUGGUUCAUUAUGGAUAGAUGAACAUGGAAUUGUUAAAACAAAUGAAGGAGCAGUAGAUGAUAUUAUACGUACUGUUCGAAAUGAUUAUGAACAACAGAUGAAACAAUUAGAUGAUGAUAAUAAUCAAUUAAAAAAAGAUCUUAGUGAUAAAACAACUGAAAAUAAAGCAUUAUACAUCGAAAUUAAUGGUCUCGAACAAGGUUUACGAGAAAUUGAUCAACAAUUAAAACAGAAAAAAAUUCAACGAAAACCUGGUAAUGAUGUGUAUACUAUUGAAUGUCCAUCAUUAGAAAAAAUGCUUGAAUUACUUGAAACUCAAUCAUUAGUUGGUCGAUAUGAUGCAGCAUUAUUAAUGAAAGGUAAAAAUGAUAAUUUAUUUGGAAGAAAUGCUGAAUUAAAAAAUGAAUUAUACAACUCGAGACAAGAAACAAUAAAAUCAAAUAUUAAUUUAAAAAUACUUACAGAAAAAUAUGAGAAGCUUCAACGUGAUUUCAAAUUGUUAGAAGAUAAUGGUGUUCCCCCGUUGACAUUUCAACCAUUGAUAUUACCUGAUAGUUUAUCACAUUCAAGUAGAGAUAUUAUAUCGUGUUUAAAUGAAUAUUUGGUGAAUGCUUUGGCUGAAUUAAGUGCACAACGAGAAAUGAAUAAAGAAUUAGAGGAUGGAUUAGAUAAAUAUCGGCGAAAAUUAAAUGUAAUUAAACAUCAAAUGGGAUUGUUAUACAAAGAUUUUACCGAUAGACAAAAUCAAUGGAAUAUUGAACGUGAUGAAGAAAACGAAAAGAAAAAUGAUUUACAAACAGAAAUUGAAAAAAAUAUUGUUAAAUUUCAAGAAUUUGAUCGUUUACUAGACACGUUAGAACAAGAUGAUAUGGAAGUCAGACGUCGUCUCGCUGAACUCACACGAAAAAUAACGGUAUCAAGAGUUAAUGAAAAGUCAUUAGGACGCAAAAUAUUGUCUUACCAAGACAUUGAAGGAAAAUUGAGAAAGGAAAAUACUAAACUUCGUAUGGAAAUUAUUGACAUGGAAGUAGCUGUUCAAACACGUCUCGGCUAUUUACAACGUUACAAGGAUACAGCUGCAUAUCGAAUCAAAACUUUACAGAAACAAAUCGAAGAAAGUGUACAUCAAACAGAAUUAGAUAAAGUUAAUAAAAAAUAUGAAGAUGUUGUGGAAAAAUAUCGAGAUUUAUUAGAAAAACAGCAUACAUAUGUUCAACAAACAGAACAAUCGAAUAUAUUAAAUGAAGAUAAACGACGUUUACAAGAUGAAGUUGAAUUUUUAAAACGACAAUUAGAAAUGGAUAAAGAAAAAAUGCAUCGUUUAGAUAUAACAGUGGAAAAUUUGCAAAAUCAAAUACUUAUCAAUGCAGGUGAUGUAACUACUGGCUCAUCUAUAACUAAUUUUGAUCUAGAUAAUUUAUCAAGAAAAAUAACUAUAAUUGAAAUGAAAGAGUUAAAUGAACGACAACGUGCAGAAUAUGCACAAAAAUUGUAUGAUGAACAACGUCUAGUUUUACGACAAUUAGAAAAUCGAAAUAUUGAAUUGGAAACGAAUUUCAAUGAUUUAAAAAAAGUAAAUUUUGAAAUGGAAAAAACUGAACGAACACUGAGAGAUGAUUUAUCGAAUGCUAUUUCAAAAACGGUCAACGAUGCUAAUCAACGACGGAUAGUUGAUUUGGAGAAUGUUGAAAUUCAACACAAACAAGAAAUUGCUCGUUUACGUGAAAUAUCGGACAUAGCUGCAUAUCAAAUAUCAGCGAUUAAUGAAAUGAAAGUAUUAGAUGAAAAAGAAGUUCAGUCGUUACGUUUACAAUUGAUUGAUUUACAAUCACAAUCAGAUGAGAAAAUAGAAAUCGGCAAACUUCAUCGUCAUAUUUUAUCAUUACAAAUAAGUGAAGCAACAUGCAAACGUAAACAAUUGCAAUCAGCUAAUGAAUUAACUAAAACUAAAGCACAACUAUUUUAUAUUGAACAAAAAUUAGAAGAAAAAGAGCAAAGUUCAUUUUUUAUACGACAAGAAUAUAAUCAAAGAUUAAGAUAUUUAAGAACAGCAGUUCAGAAUUAUCGUCAAAAAUUUACCGGUGCUGUACCACUUCGUCUGGAAGAAUCGUACACUCGAACAAUGAUUGAAUUAAGAAAUGAAAAAAAACAACUCGAUGUCGAAUUGAAAAAGAUUACUGAUAAAAAGUUUGAUCUCGAGACGCAGGUAGCAUCGUAUGAAGUAAAACAUAAAUUAUUAGACGAAUUAUUAUCAACAAUGAAAGAUAAUUCUUAUCAACAAAAAGUGAUUGAAUGGCAGCAAAAACUGGAAAGGUCUAAAUUAAAUGAAUUGAGACAUAUUCGAUUGAAUAAACGGCAUGAAAAAGAGAAUUUACAUUUGACAACAAUAAUUCACCAAUUGGAACUAAAUAUCAUUGAUUUAGAAGGGCAAAAUGUCAAAUCUGAAAAAGAAAUUGAAGAACGACAGAUUUUAUGGGAACAACGUGAACUGGAAAUGGAACGAAAAAUUGAAACAUUGGAAAAACAACAAACCGAUAUAGCUGGUGCGGCAAGACGUGUAAAGGCAAUUGGUCAUUAUCCCGAUCCAUCUUUAUCUGUUGCACAUCAAUUAGAACAAGCAUUAUCCAUUAUUCGUGACAAUAUUCGACUAUUAAUGGAAACAAAAGUUCAACAUCAGCAAAAUCAAAAGAAAAUGGACGAAACUAAUGAAAAAAUGAAAGAAAUGGAAAAUUUAAUAUUUGCUCGAGAUAAAGUUAUUCAUGAAUUACGAAUACGUUUACCAACAACGACUAUACUAGAUUCAGAUAAAUCAACAUCGAAUGGGAUGACACGAUCAGAUGAUUAUUCACGUUUAACAGCUGUUCGAGCUGCACAAAGUACUAUCGAUAGUUUACAAACACGUAUUUUACAAAAAGAGGAGAGUCUUAAAAAGUAUCAAGAAUUAUUGAAAGAAGUAAGAGAAGAUUUAGAUAAACAAACGAGAUAUCAUGAAGAAGAAAUUCAAUUAUUAAAUGAAGAAUUACAAAAUAAACGAGAUAUUGAUUUUCUUAAAUUAAAAAAAUAUAUAACUCAAAGCGGAAAUCCAACGUCAUUUCAUGGUACACCUACAACAGGCGAACUUGCACAAGUACGAGUAUUAGAAGAAAAUAUCGCCGCACAAGAAAAUACAAUUGCUCAUUUAAAUGAAAAAAUACGAGAAGCAAGACGUGAAGCCGAGAUAUGGAAAGGACGUUUAACACAAAAAAUGAAUCAAUUUAAACAUGAUAGAGAAUUUUAUAAAUUAUCGCAUGAAAAAAUUGUACAUGAAUUGAAUCGUGAAAUUGAACUAUCAAAAUCAAAACUGAAUGAGCAAGAGAAAAGUAUUCAACAAUUUGUGACUGAUUUUGAUGGUCAACGUCAAACACAUUUAUCAUCAAAAACAUCAACAAAUAUUGACACAUUAAUUAAAAAUUUAAAACAACAAUUGACAGAAAAGGAAGAACAGCAUAGAUCAUUAACACGUGCAUUAGCUAGCAUACGAUCGGAUAUGGUUAAAAUAGCCGAAGAUAAUUGUAAAGCGGUUAACGAUGAUCAAAAACUAAAUUUAAACAUACAAGCAUUAAUUGAUGGAAAAACGUCACAAUUACAAGAAAAAAUUGAUGAAUAUGAAAAACAAAUACAAAAUUUAAAACAAGAAUUAAAAGCGCAAAAAGAUCUAGUACAACGAAUGACGAAUGAAUCAAACGAUGCCGGAGUGAAAUUAUCACAAAAUGAAAAGAAAUUAAAUAAACUUCAACAACAUAAUGAAUCACUAAAUAAUAAUGUACAACGACGUUCAUCGCAACAACAAAAACAAGACGAUGAAACAAUAGAAUCUUUAAGACGUCAAAUAAGACUACUAGAAGAUAAACUACGAAAAACAAAGACAGCUGAACGUCCAUAUGAUGAAACGAAACAAACGAGACGUUUAGUUGAAACAAACGAAAAAUUACUGCAACAGAUCAAUGAUUUGGAUACACAUAAAAAAGAGUUGUUAAAAUUUAAUCAACAAUUGAAAGAUGAAUUGACCAAAGUGCGAUUACGUAUGGAAGAGUUACAAAAGUAUUCUACAUUUUUGAAAACAGAAAAUGAAAAUUUAAAAAAUAUUUCCAGUCCUCGUUCAACAUCAAGUGGAAAUGUUCGACGAAUUGGCGAAUCUGGUCGUUCAACAAUCGAACUUGAAAAAAUAAUUUCGUUAAUGAAGAAAAAAGUUGAUCAAUUACAAGCUGAGAAUCAAAAUCUUCGAUUAGAUAUUGAACGUCAUCACGAACACGACUUUACUCUAAAUGAUAAAAAUCGUAUGUUUUUUACUCGUGCAACUGAAUCAACAAAAGAAAUUGACCAUAUAGGAGAAAUAAAUUCGAAAUUACAAAAAGAAGUAGCACUCUUACGUGAACAAAUAGCACGAUUACAAAUGAAUAAUGUACCCCUUCCGCAAAAUAUACGUCAGCAACUUUCGUCUGUAAAAGCUUAUCUUGAAGAAGAUUAUCUUGGUGAAGGGACGUUGUGUAUAGCCGAAAGUCAAUUAGUAUGGGCCAAACCUUCCGGUGAUGGUUUCUCAAUUGAGUAUCCAUCAUUGACAAUGCAUGGCAUUGUUUCAUACGAUCCAAAAUAUCCAAACGAACAUCUAGUUGUUAUGGUUGAAAAACCCAAAGAUGAUGAAGUAAUAACAAAUAAUCGUAAGUGA